CAUUUUGGAGCUGAGGGCUUGUGGGGACUCCAUUUUGUAGACGGCGAAGCCCGUGGGGGUCUUAUAGGGCGCUGAGUUAGUGCCGGUGACCGAGCCGCCUCCGUACACACCCGGUAGACAGCAGCAGGCCGCAGCGGUGGCUACAAGGGCGACAAGUGAUCCGGCAGACAAGAUGGCCUCUCCGUCAGCAUCUAAAGUUGUGCUAAAGAGCACCACCAAGCUGUCACUAAACGAGCGCUUUACUAACAUGCUGAAGAACAAACAGCCGAUGCCUGUGAAUAUCCGCGCCACCGUGCAGCAGCAGAGCCUGGCCAGUGCCAGGAACAGAAGACUGGCACAGCAGAUGGAGAACAGGCCCUCUGUGCAAGCCGCUCUCAAGCUCAAACAGAGUUUAAAGCAACGACUUGGUAAGAGCAAUAUCCAGGCCCGAUUAGGGAGACCGAUGGGAGGGCUUCAGCGAGGGGCCGGUGGAAUGCGUGGAGCUGGGAUGGGGCUCCGGGGGUCACAUCGGGGAGUCAUGCGUGUCGGCCGGGGAGGCAGAGGAAUGCAGCGGGGUGCCAUGGUCAUGCGAGGUCAAAACUUGAGAGGCCGAGGUGGCGCCACCAGGAUGGGGCUGAGGAGAGGAGGCAUCCGAGGUCGUGGAGGCCCUGGCCGAGGCCUCAUGAGGGGAGGAGCAAUGGGCCGAGGUGGCAUGGGUGGACGAGGCCGCGGAGGGGUGAUGGCUCGGGGCCGAGGAGGCUUUGGCAGAGGGAGAGGCCGCGGUAGAGGAAGAGGAGUGACACGGCCCUCACUAACCAGAGAACAGCUGGACAAUCAGCUGGACGCCUACAUGUCCAAGACGAAAGGUCACCUGGACGCCGAGCUGGACGCUUACAUGGCUCAGGCUGACCCCGAAUCCAAUGACUGAUACGUUUUUAUUAUGCAAGGGACUGAUCUCCCAGCGUCCGUCUGGACUGGCACAGGGCGGCACCGGAUCAUCUCCUCGUUUUAGAGCUCCUCAUUUUUAUCUUAGGACUUUUUUUUUUCAUUAAUUGUUUUAUGACUUAUGGAGACACCAUGUGACCUCGCCCUCCUCGGGGGAUCGGUUGCUGGCAGAGAGCAGGUUUUGUGGGCUACUUGAAGAUGUUCAUGUCCGCGCCUCUGACGUUUAUGGCCGCAUACACCUGCGUUUUGUAGGGUGCCCCAUAUAUAUUUCAGUUUUGAUAUGUACAUCUCUGACAGCACCAGGAUAACAGUCUGUCCGUGGGCCAAUCGCCUGCAGCGUUACUGUGCAGCCAUCAAUAAACUACAGUCUGAUUGUA